AUCUGCAAUUACCCUAAAAUAAAUUUCGAGACCAUCCUCCUCUGCAUCCUCGAGGGUGAAAAGCUGCUGCAGCUGAAUCGAAAUUUUCUUGCUUUCACCGAUUAAUUCAUAUACUCCUCUGAGCAUUUUUGAGCUGGGAAAAUGAGCAUGAGCAGUCUAUUGCACCCAUUUACAAUCACAAACCCUAACCCUAGCUUCCCCAACACCACCACCAGUAGAGUGGUGGCUGUGCCGCCGCCGUGUUUGCACUUGAGAUGCUCACAAGCUCCUUAUAAGCUCCCUUUAUGCCGGCCCUUUUCCUCAAAACGCUUCCUUUCUCCUCUUUUGGCUGCUUCUCAUCAAGAAUCGAACCCUUCAGAAGCUGAAGACUCCAAGGAGAAAAGUGGUGUCAAUGAGGAGGCUAAUGAAUCGGAGGAAGCCUGGAAGCAGACGUUAGCCUUGUUUAAGGAGAAAGCAUUAGUGAUGCAGAGUGUUUCACAAGAAGCAUAUGAACAGUAUUCUAAGAAAGCAGCAGUUGUUUUCAAAGAAGCUUCUGAGCAGUUAAAGAUUCAAGCAGAAAAGGCAAAGCAAGAUUUAAGUGUGAUUGCCAAGGAAGUAAGUGAAGAGGGUAAAGAAUAUCUGUCCAAAGCUGCUGAGAAUCCUUCAGUAAAAGAUGUCGUAGAAACAUUUGCUUCUUCAACUGAGGAUUUGGAUGAAAUUUCAGAAGUACGUGACUUUUAUCUUGGAAUACCAUAUGGACUGCUACUUUCUGUUGGUGGUUUUCUUUCAUUCAUGGUUACUGGUAGCAUUCCUGCCAUUAGGUUCGGGAUUAUCCUUGGAGGUGCUCUUUUGGCAUUGAGUAUUUCAAGUUUUCAAUCUUGGAAAAGAGGAGAAUCUUCAUCUACAGCCUUGAAAGGACAAGCAGCAAUUGCAACUAUAUUAUUUCUUAGGGACAUACGCAUUGUACUUGUGAGGUCAUCGCUUGCCAACCUUUUGACAGCCUUCAUUAGUGGUGCUAUGGUAGCUUUCUAUAUUUAUAGAAUCAUAUUGGAAGGCAAGCACACAGGGGAAUCGAAUUCGGAACCUGUAAAACAAAGUUAAUGCUUUGACAUAGCUCUGGGAGAAGUUAAAUUUCGGAUCCAGGAACCAACAUCUCCUUGUUCGUUUUAUAGAGUGGGAAGCUUUGAUUCGGUUAUUAUACUCUUCGUUCCUGAAGAUCGAAUACUAAAUUCAAUAAUAGAACUUCAGAAGUGAUUAUGCACAUUGCUCCCUAGUAUAGGAUGUUCACCAGUUGCAUUUCAUUUCUUGCUUUUAGUGCUUGUACAAUCUUUGUUGUAACCAUGACCUUUUGUCAACCUUCAAUUAAUGGCGGUGCCAGGGGUGUUCAGCAGUGUGUAAUAUUGGCAGUAUGGCCUGUACUGGCUGGAUGAGUUGAAUGCUUUGGAAACCUUGGUGUAUUGGAAUUUUUGUGCAAAGACGAAUGAUCCAUCUACCUAUAUAUGCACAUAUGCCUCUUUUUUUUUU